GUUAACGAGACACUUGAAGGCGCAACUUAGAACAUACCCGUCCACUUUAAUCUUUCUUCACCGCCUUUUUCUGAGGUUUUGAAAGAGCCCGUCGCUGCUCUCUUCCGAAUUCGAAACAUUGAUCAAAGCCCUAACUCUAGGCCAAUUGUCAUCUUCUCCAGAAUUGUAGGAUUAUUAUGAUUCUGGGUUCGGUAUGGGCGACAUCAAGCACUUGCCUGAUGCCGUGCACAGCUCGGUUCGUUCUGGCAUUAUCUUGUUCAACCUGACCAGAGUUGUGGAGGAGCUGAUUUUCAACAGUCUCGAUGCUGGUGCGACCAAGAUAUAUGUUGCAAUUGGUGUUGGCACCUGCUAUGUUAAAGUAGUGGACAAUGGAUGUGGAAUAGAUCGGGAGGGAUUGAUGCUGCUGGGAGAAAGAUAUGCAACAUCAAAAUCUGAUCAGCUGGCUGAUACCGAUUCUGUUGCUAGAAGCUUUGGCUUUCGAGGAGAAGCAUUAAGCUCCAUUUCUGAUGUUUCAUUGUUGGAAGUCAUUACAAAAGCUCAUGGGAAGCCAAAUGGUUACCGCAAGGUCAUUAAGGAAUGCAAGUGUUUGUACCUUGGGAUUGAUGAUGGUAGACAAGAUGUAGGCACAACAGUCAUUGUUCGGGAUUUAUUUUACAACCAACCUGUACGGAGGAAGCAUAUACAGUCCAGCACAAAGAAGGUCUUGCAAUCAGUCAAAAAAUCUGUGCUAAGGAUUGCGCUUGUUCAUCCAAAAGUUUUCUUGAAACUUGUUGAUAUUGAGAGUGAAGAUGAGUUAUUCUGCACAGCCCCUUCCUCAUCUCCUUUGUCACUGGUGAUGAGUAAUUUGGGGAUUGAGGUUUGUGGUUCUCUAUGUGAACUGAAUGUCUCUGAUGGUGUGUUAAAGCUUUCUGGAUACAUGUCCAGUCCUUGUGAUACUUCCUUUCUGAAGGCCUUUCAGUAUGUCUACAUCAAUUCACGAUAUAUCUUCAAAUGCCCAAUACAUAAACUGCUGAAUCAGUUAGCAGCAGGGUCCAACUUUUUGGAUAUGCAGAAGGCUAAAGUUGGGUCCCAGAAUUCAAAGAGAAGUAGGUCUCAAACAGAUGUAACUUUUAUUUUAGACUUGAGUUGCCCGAGAUCUUGGUAUGAUCUAACUUUUGAGCCAUCAAAGACAUCAGUUGAGUUCAGGGAUUGGUUUCCAAUUCUUGGUUUUAUUGAAAAAGCCAUCACAGACUUCUGGAGUGAAAAUUUUUCUUAUGGACAUGGACAUCCCCUUGCACAUGGCACUGGUAGGUCAGUAGAAGAUAAAGUCAAAGGAGAAGCAGACAACAGACUGUUAUCAGAAGAAGCAGCUUUACCAGUGAAAUAUGGAAUUCGAAAAGGAAGGGGCAGGAUCCACAACCCUCCAGCUUCUUUUGUCCUUCCAUGCCCCUGGGUGGAGAUGCAAACUGAUGACUCCAAGUGUUGCCAGAACAACAAAAGAUUUUCUUCUUGUAAUGAUUCAGAGAAAGAGUGCCACACUGGGUUAGGGUUUCUGUAUCAAACUGAUUACUCACUCCAAUCAUGUGAUGGAUAUCAUCCAUUGUCCAGAAUAACUGCAGAAGAAGAGAGUGGCAGUUAUAUGCAGGAUUCCAAUAUUAAUAUCUUUUCUGAUGAAGACUGUUCGUUCAGGAAUAAGUGCUUCGCAGCAGAAAAAAAUAAUGACACUGCAGCCUAUACUUUAGGUUCUAGUUUGCAGGAUGAGUGUCUUAAUAUGGAUGUUAGUAUAAGCAAUACAUAUUCACAAAAUGAAUUAUCUUGUGACUAUUUUGAGAUUGGCACUGAAAUGGAUAAAGUCAGUGGUGACCCUAAAAUGCCCUUCCUGCAAAGUUGCUCCUUUCGGAGAAGCCUGCCAUAUGGCGAGGAAUCACUGUUGAGCUCUGAAGGAUUUGACUUUCAGAAUGAUGGCUUGAGAACCAAACGGAAGCGGCUUGAAACUGAUGACUGGGUUAAUGUUGCAAAAGUUCAUGACCUUGGCCAAAGGUUUGAUUUCCUUCAAACGUCUAUGGUGAAGGAUGGGGCAGCAAGUUUGUGGCCCUCCCCUAGAUCUAGAACUAAAAAUGAUGUACUUAGUGGUGUGGAUUUUUUGUCAAAUGAUUUGCUGAAGUUGUCUGAAAAUUUUGGAGAGUGUUUAGCCAGAGAGAAUGACCCCCUAUCAGAUUUAAGUGCUCAAAUCAGACAAUUUGGUUCUACUCAUCAUUCUUCUGAUUUUAAAUGGUCUCCUGUUAUGUCAGGCCCAGCAUUUGAAGCUAAGUCUCAUGCUGUAGAACAAUUUGCUAAACAGAGUGCCCUUGACGGAUGCAUGGCUUAUAGUAUUAAUGCUAGAUAUGACUGUUUGGCAGACAGCGAAGUUAAGGACUAUGAUUUUCACAUUGACAAUUCCGUCAGAAAUAGCUCAAGCCUUGAAAGUUUCUCCUUUUCAGGCUGGAAUACUGUACAUUCAGAUUCCAGGAGUCAUGCUUGUUCUGGUAAAAAUAGUUCUGGAUUUUUCGGACGGCACACACUUGAUGAUGUCCUCUCUCCUAAAUGUUUAGAUAUUUGUUAUGAUGAAGCAAAAUGGUUAUGUUUAAACUCAUAUGGCAAAUCUGGUGGCAACUGUUUUACAGUAAGACCACAUCAUAUUUCUAAGUCAGUUUCCUCUGAUAAGGAUAAAAAUAAAAAGGAUCGGUUUAUACAUCAAGAGGCAGAGUAUGCUUUUAAGAAAAAAACAAGAAGAAGCCAUUCAUGCCCACCAUUUUAUAGAGGGAAGAAAAAAUUCUUGACUUCAAAUAAUCGCUUGACUGUAGAGUCUAGAAAAGCCAAAGUCUGCACCAUUGAAGAUGCUUCUACUUUCGAAGAAACUAGUGAGUUAAAGCAUUUACAGAGAUCAUCUGGUAUGUGUCAACUACAUUCUGAACCAACUACUUUGGAAGCUCAAUUGGUCUGUACCAGUCUUGCUUGCAGACCAGACAAGAAAAAAGUAGCAGACGACAGUGAUGUUAAAAAAUUUAAAGUGCCUAAGAACUCAGAGGGCCUGUACAUUUGCAGUAGGGAUUCUGUUGAAGAAUUUUCCAAUCCUUUAGAUUCUCAGCCUAAAUGGGGGAAGAGCUGUCAAAACACUGUAAAUGGGAAUAAAUUACAUAAUCUUCAUGAGGGUGCUAUCCUUGACAUCUCUUCUGGCAUCUUACACCUAGCUGGAGAUUCUUUAGUUCCUGAAUCCAUGAAUAGGAAUUGUAUAGAAGAUGCCAAGGUUCUCCAACAGGUGGAUAAGAAAUUCAUUGCAGUCGUGGGCUCUGGAGUGCUUGCUCUUAUUGACCAGCAUGCUGCGGAUGAAAGGAUCCGCCUGGAAGAACUCCGUCAGAAGGUCCUAUCUGGAGAAAAGAAGACAAUCACCUAUCUGGACACUGAAAAGAAACUGGUCCUGCCUGAAACUGGCUAUCAGUUACUGCACAAUUAUGCUGAACAGGUUCAUAAGUGGGGCUGGCUCUGCAAUUUUCAUGGUCGGGGUUCAAGAUCUUUUAGAAAGAACCUGAAUCUUCUACACAAGGAGCCAACUGUUGUCACAGUUCUUGCGGUGCCAUGCAUUCUGGGAGUGAAUUUGACAGAUGGAGAUCUGUUAGAGUUUCUUCAACAGCUUGCUGAUACGGAUGGAUCAUCCACAAUACCACCAUCUGUCCUUCGGAUACUUAAUUCCAAAGCAUGUAGAGGUGCAAUUAUGUUUGGCGAUGCAUUGCUACCUUCAGAGUGCUCUCUUAUCGUUGAAGAACUGCGGAGAACCUCCUUGUGCUUCCAAUGCGCCCAUGGGCGACCUACAACUGUCCCUCUUGUCAACUUGGAGGCAUUGCAUAAACAAAUACAGAAGCUUGGAUCAUCUGAUGGGGUUUGGGAUAUGUCAUGGCGCGGUUUAUGUCGACAAGAACUCAGCUUAGAACGUGCAACAUGCCGUUUAAAGUCUGCACGAGAUACGGAUUCAAAAUUUGUGUAGACAUUGAUGUGUUAUGCCUGCCAACAAAUAAUCAGUAUUCUUGCCACCUGUCUAGUUUCUAAUCACAUUUCUUGUACGUCAAUAAGAUUGUAGCUUUUCUUCCUCCA